AUGUCAAAUACUACGACUUCCGAAAACACAACGGUGCAAGUUGCUCUUCGAAUAAGACCAUUAACGGCUGAAGAUUUGGUAAAUCUACCUACACGAUUUCAAAGAAAUGUUUUAUCAACAACUUUAUUCGCUCCAAAUCAAGUCAAUGUUUUAGGUGAAAAGAAACAGACUUUCACAUUUGAUCAUGUAUUUGGUCCAGAAUCGUCCCAAAAAGAUAUAUAUGAUCGUUGUAUCAAAAGUAUGGUUGAUAAAUUCUUAGAAGGAUUUAAUGUUACCAUAUUAGCUUACGGUCAAACCUCUUCUGGUAAAACUCACACCAUGGGAACUGCCGAUAGUUCAUCAUCUCCUCCAGAUUCAAGAGGUAUAAUCCCGCGGUCAAUGGCUACACUCUUUUCAUACAUAAAUUCUGCUCAAUAUAAAAAUCGAAAAUUCACUAUGAAGGUAUCUUUUGUGGAAAUAUAUAAUGAAGACUUGAUUGAUCUUCUUGCUGAAUGCGAUGAUGAGUGUAAACCUCAAGUCUUAAUAAGAGAAGAUUCUAAAGGAAAUAUCAUUUGGAGUGGUUUACAAGAAAUUAAAGUUAGUACGGUUGAAGAAGUUAUGAGUCAACUAUCACGCGGUUCGGCAAGUCGGCAAGUGAGUGCGACGGAUAUGAACGCUAAAUCUUCGCGUUCACAUGCAAUUUUUUCUGUUACACUCUCUCAACAAAAGUUUAUUCCUUCCGGUGGUGGUCCAGCAAGUCCAACUCCUUCAUCACGUCCAUCAACUCCAAGUAAAUUAUCUGAUUCAAGAUUCGCUUCUUCCCCUUCAAGAGCUAGUUCUAGAAUGGGUAAACGAUCUGAUGAUGGUGAUUGGGUUUCUGUAACGAGUAAAUUUCAUUUCGUCGAUUUGGCUGGUAGUGAAAGGCUUAAACGUACAUCCGCUAUUGGUGAUCGUGCAAAAGAAGGAAUUUCAAUUAACUCGGGUCUUUUAGCUUUGGGUAAUGUAAUUUCGGCUUUAGGUGAUCCAACAAAAGCAAAAAGUACAACACAUAUUCCUUAUAGGGACUCUAAACUUACUCGAUUAUUACAAGAUUCUCUUGGUGGUAACGCUCAAACUUUAAUGAUUGCUUGUGUUUCACCUGCUGAAUAUAAUAUAGCUGAAACAGUAAAUACUUUAAAAUACGCUAAUCGUGCAAGAAAUAUAAAAAAUGUUGCUACCGUUACUCAAGAAGAAGCUGGUUGGCAUGAUUUAGAACAUUUACAACAUUUAGUUAUAAAAUUAAGAAAUGAAAUUAAAAAUUUAAAACUUUCUACUGGUAUUACUCCUGCUUCUGGUAGAAGUACUCCUUCAGAUCCUAUUAAUAAUCUUAAUAAUCUUAAUAAUCGUCGUAGAUCUUCCACUUCUUCUUUUCUUCCUAAUAAUUUUAAUAAUUUUAUAAAUUCUUCAAGAAAUGAAAAAGAUAUUGAAGCCCUUGAAGAUCAAUUAGCUGAACUUCAACGUUCUUAUUCGGAAUUAACUCAAAAUUAUGCUAAAAUCACCGCCGAAUUAUCUUCUUAUCAAGAUAAUGAUAUUUCUCCUCCUUCUUCUCGUCAAUUAAAUGUUAUCUUGGAAAAUGAUGGUGAUGACUUUUUAUCUCAUGCUACUGCCUCUUUUCAAGAAACUGUGGCUCCAGUUAUUGCUGAAUAUGAAAGAUCUAUUAAUGAACUUGAAAGUCAAUUAAAAAUUGCUCGUGCUUCUUUAAGUUCUACUGAAAAAUUAAUGCAAGAUCAAGAAUUAAAACUUGAAGAAGCUGAUGAUUUAAAUUCUAGAAAUAAAUUAUUAAUUGCUGAUCUUAAAAAUAAGAUUUUAAAACUUAAUGAACGUGAAGAAACUACUGAAAAUUAUAUUAAAGAUCUUGAAGCUAAAUUUGAUUCUCAUGCUAAUGAUCAAAAAAGAAAUCAAGAUACUAUAAAUGAUCUUAGAAAUAAAAUUUCUCAACUUAGAUCUAAUGGUGAAAAUAAUGAAGGAAUUAUUCAAAAAUUAGAAACUCGUUUAGCAAGAAGUGAAAGUAAAGCUGAAAUUAUGAAUGAAACUGCUCAACAUCUUGAAAAAGCUUUAAUGGAAAGAGAAGAUGCUUACGCUAAAUUAGAUGCAAAAUAUAAAAGAGAAAAAGCUCAAGAUGAACAACAACAAAAUUUAUUAAUGGCUGAAAUUGAAGAUAGAGAUCGUAGAAUUGCUCAAUUGGAGAAAAAAGUUGAUGAUCUUAUCACUGAAAUUGCUCAAUUUAAAAAACUUAAAGUUGAUGUUAAUAAAGCUCCUCGUCAAAAAUAUCAAUCAUGCCUUGGUGAAAUUGAUGAACUUCAAUCUCAAAUUCAAGAUACUAAAGCAUUACAUUUUGAAGUUAAUAUUGAUACUGAUGAUUCUUCACCAACAAUUAAUCAAUCUGAAACUACUCAUCAUGAUCCAAAUUCUUUAUCACCUCCUAAUUCUGGUUCUCAUCGUAAAUCAAGAUCUCUUUCUGCUGAAAUUCAAGGUGCUGAAAAACGUGAACUUUCAAGUAUGGCAAUGAUUCAAAAACUUCAAAUUGAACUUAAACAAUUAGAAUCUUUACAUAAAGAUAAAGCUGAAGGUUUAGAUGCUGUUAAAAAUGAAUUUGCAAGAUUAGAAGUUAAUCAUCUUGAAACUCUUGAAAUUGUUGAAGAACUUCGUGAAGAAAUAAAAAGACGUGAUGCUUUAGCUCAAAUUGAAGUUAUGUCA